AGCUAAUGGACAGACAAAUUGGAGCGUUAGCGACACUGGAAGUAGUUCAGGUGGGUAUUGACUAUCGUUUUGCGGGGAAAUCGUGUAUUGAAAGCAUGAGAAACGUCUAAAAACACUUCUAAACGGAAUGUAAACAAACUUGUACUUUAACUAUUUUUAGCUUGCAUAUGCGACUUAUUUGUGAAUGGUUGCGAUCCAAAUUGUUGCUGUGAUGUUGACUCGAAUUCUGCAUCUGAUAAAGAAUCGUUUACUGAAUGCUUGGAAACCAAAAAUGUUGUGUAUGUAAGAGAAGCGUGUUUUAUACUGGCUUGCAACAGUCAGAUCGCGUCUUUCAAUUUUUUUUCUGCUAAUGCGAAGAUAAGGACAGCUUUCUUUUUCCAAUUUUUAGUUUUGAUGAUCGUAUUUGUGUGUCAGAUCAAACGAUUUUCAUUCAAAAUGUCCCGUUUACAACAAAGAGUACAGGAGAUGGACUGUUUUGUAUCUACCAUAAUAACAGUACGUUGAAGGUUACGUUUUGUAUAACCGUCAAUAAAAUAGGUUGCAUUAACGGACAGUGCCAUUACAAGGGACAAAACAGAGGAUAUGUUGUGAUUAUCUGUAUGAUUUUAAUGAUUUUUACACAUUACCUUGAACAGAUCAAGAUCAGGCAGAAUAUUCAGACGUGGGUGUUGUAACAAGUAACGAGGAUUUCACACGAGAUAUCAGCUCUAGAAAUGUCUAUUCAUAUGCAAUGCAGAGUGAUGGUAUAGAUGACCAGCCAGGGAGCAAAAAUUACAAGGUAAGCUGUUGUGGUUUGUGUCUGAACUAUCUGAAAAAGAUACCUCACACAUGGUGGUAAAAUUCUAUCUUGCAAUAAACAACAGGUACAUUUUUGCUUUCUUAGGUUGGUGAUAGAAUCAUUCUGGUGUUUCCCAGAGAAGUGAGGGGAUAUUUAACACUUCCAACUACGCUUGGUUCUUCCAGUUGCAAUGACUUCAAUGCUGCGGGUAAGUUUAAAAAUGCUGGUCAAUCUAUUGGUUCUUUUGUAUGGUAAUUUGUAUGGUAUUCUUUUUAGGAUAUUUUCAAAAUGGUGUCACUGAAUGCGUACGAAGUUUCUCUGAUCUUUCCUCAGAAUGUUCCAACUUACCUGCCCUUUCGGCUGCAAGUUAUUACUCAAGUUUUCAAGUUGCCAUGGUAAUGAAGUAACUCCGUGGAUUUUCAUUUCAAUGCCCUCCCCCCAACUCCCUCCCCCCCCCCAACCAAACAUGAUAACAACCUAACACUCCCCCUAACAUGUUUGUAUUCUUACUCCAUUCUUCAGUCUCCACAGGCGCUUGUAUUCUCCACAAACACAACGUCGAACUCGUCAAUCACCUACACAAGCUACAACACAUCUUUGCUGUUUACUCCCCAAUUGGCUGUACCACUGUGGUGUCGAGAUAACACUGGAUUGUUGAGUCAAUGUAGUUUUACAACGCCUCCAAUGCCAGCGUAUAACGCAACCACUAAAACAUGCGAGAACGUUGUCACCGAGGUGAGAUACGCGUCCGUUAUCCAUUAAGCCUUGAUUUGCUGUACGUUACUUUUAGCCAUUUACUAAUCGGGAUCACAAAGCAUGUACAUGGAGUAUUUAGAGUGACAGAUCCAAUUUUUUUACGUUAUUUCCAGGUGGCUUACACAUUUACUUACUCCAACGAAAGUUCCAACCUAGAGCAACUCAAGGUCUCGUUCGUUCUUCAGAAUAUUCAGGACAAUUUUUUGCAGAAAUUUUCGAUCAGUUUUCUCAAGGUAAAACAUGGUGUGGUUAUCUUGCUGGUCACUUCAAAAAACGGCAAAACCUUGCAGACCAUUUUUUCUCAUUUCAGGAAGGCAGUGAAGAUGUGUUUACAAAAUCAGGAAAUCCAGGAUAUCUUUUUGAUCAACCGAUACUAGCUGGUCAUCUACAAGAUAAAUCAAAUAAGUAUGAUCUUGUGCCCAAUAUGAAUUCGCGAUAGGAUAUUCUAUCAUUUGAUGUGAAAUGAAGACAUCAUGGAGACAAAUGGGACACAAAUUUUCGUAAUGAAUCCUUCUGCUCUUUUUAAGGAAAGCCAUCGAUAUCAGUAGCAACAACAAAGAAUGGUUGACUAUUCCAAAGGCGAAGUUUGAUGGAACGUGUAGUACUGGCAUCAACGAUCGUUUGUCUGUUACGUUUAAAAUGAACGCCAGAUCUGGGUGUAUUAUAAGGUAAUCUAGGAGAUCUUCAUGUCCGAUGGUCCUAGGAUUUCGGGAAUUCCUUGAAAUUCUUCUGGUAUCUGAAAGUCUUUGCUUGAUAGCUGCUGUGUGAGGGAGCGAUGUUUAAGUUCAUCUUUCUUUUAGGCUCAACCAAUCAAGUGAUUGUUCCCUGCUACAACACAUAGUCUUUGAUGCUUUAUUCGGCACUAGUCGUCCAGACUAUGUCGCGAGUUUUGGCAAUUCAGAUGUUCACAAUGUCGCUGAUUGGGUAGAAAUCAUUAACGACAAACCCACUGUAAACGUAAGUAAAACUUCAAACGUUCUUCUCACUACCUAAGUGAUACAAUACGAUUCGAUGUUUCGACCAAAGGCCCUUCGUCAUGCGGUUCUUCAUAGGUAGAUUUGCGCAAAAACAUUCUUGUAGUUUUGUUGUUGUCGUUUUUGUUGAUAGCCUGGUCGUGCUGGACGUGGAUGUUCAAGUAGGGUACUGGGAAUGCACAUCCAAAUACUCUUUGCAAAUGUUGGUUAUUUUGCAAACCCACAAUCCAAGGUAAGGCGAAGGACAUUGUCAUUUUCAGUGCCACAUUACUGGAACUUUGGAAUAUUCCUUAUCUUAUUACACCACAAGUUGUAAGUCCGUGUUCUCUUCAUAGAUCGUUGGAGUGCGAUACAAAUACGAACAACCUCAGACAAUUACGUAUCAGGUAGGACAAGAUACCAACAUUCCCCCACCUGCAGAGAUUGCUUUUAGGAGGGGCAACCUCGUUCCCAGUCUCUCUCCAUGACAAGGGGGAAAGGGCGUGGAAACUAGGCUGUUUGAAGGGCUGGGCAGUGCUAUUCAUCGUAAAGAGAUUUUGUUAAACUUGUUCAUUCUUUGCUCCAAACCAGAUUGCUGUCCAUUCUAAGUUAAAGUUACGUUUUAAAAAGCUGGAGUAACGCAUUGGUCUAUCUUAAAUUUCUUGAUUUUUCAGUGUGUUGGUCAAUUCUGUAACGGUCGCGGAUCGACAAGCCAAAAUAUCGAAGUGAGCUCAACCGUAUCAUUCAUCGAUGUCUCACAGUCGCCAGUCACUGAUCAAAAGUCUCUGCCAGAAUUCCAGUCCAAAGCGCCUUCAGACUUUUUUCAUCCGUUUCUCUGA